AUGGCGUCGCCGAGCGUCACAGCCGAGGAGCCCGACAACCCAUCUCUGGAUGCCGGGCCCAUGAUGGAUUGUUGCGCAAGCAGUCGCUGUUGGGCCACUAUGAAACAGAACCAAUGGCUCCAGGCCAAAUGGCACAGACGAUGGCUGUCUGGCCCUUUGCUGAGACAAGCCGAAGCCAGCCUGAACCUUGGAGCUGGCCACCAGGCCAAAUCAGGCUAUAAGUACAAGAGCAGCUACAGGCAAUAUACUGUACGGAGUGCCUGCUGGCAUGGAUCAGAUGCCAUAAUCUCGACAGAAUUCUCGCGCCAUGCUGCAAUCGCAGUCCUUCCUUCAUGUGGCCGUCACAAGAUUCACCACCACAUGCAGCCUCUUUAG